AGCAGUGGCUGCGUGGCUUGCUACAGAGACCCCAGAACAACUGCAACUCUAAAGGAUCCACCUUCCAAUUCCAUAGCUCAAACGUUUAAGAAACCGAGCGUCUCAGAAGAUUUCUGGUCAACAAGCACUAUUGAUAUGGACAACAUCACUUUCCCUUCUCAGGGGAGCUUAUCAUCCAACCAGACUUUUGAUUCUCAAUCUGGCGCCAGAAACUCGAAUGCCCCUCCUGAAUAUGUGAACCAAGGUCUUCUUCUUUGGAAUCAGACCCGGGAGCGUUGGGUGGGGAAAGCAAAACCCAAUAACCCACCGGAUCAUCGCAGUCAAGGACCCAAGUUAAAUUGGAAUGCAGCAACAUAUGAUACCUUGCUGGGGAGCAACAAGCUAUUUCCCCAACCCAUUCCUCUCACGGAAAUGGUGGACUUUCUAGUGGACAUUUGGGAACAAGAAGGUCUAUAUGACUGA